AAAGAAAUUCAAGUUCAACUCUCAUAGCCUUCCAUUCAAAAUUACGCCUCCCUUUAUUCUCUCCGCUCCCUUUUCAUCAAUCUUGAUUGCCCAAACAAGCUCCACCCAAAACUCAACUUCAGCCCUUCAUUUUCCCUUUUAUUCUUUUUCUUUUUUUACAGUUUCCUGUAUGAAAAAAUUAGUGAAGCGCAAGGUAAAGUAGAUGGAUUCGGUGGCUCUUGAUGGUGUAAUAAACCGGUUGCUCGAGGUUAAAGGGCGGCCGGGAAAGCAGGUGCAGCUCUCUGAGUCGGAGAUCAGGCAGCUCUGUGUGCAGUCCAAAGAGAUUUUCUUGCAGCAACCUAAUCUUCUUGAGCUCGAAGCACCCAUUAAGAUCUGUGGAGAUAUUCAUGGUCAAUAUUCCGAUCUCCUUAGACUUUUUGAGUAUGGCGGGUUACCCCCGAAAUCCAACUACCUUUUCUUGGGGGAUUAUGUCGAUCGAGGAAAGCAGAGCCUAGAAACAAUCUGCCUUCUGCUUGCCUACAAAAUCAAGUACCCUGAAAACUUCUUUUUACUGAGGGGCAACCACGAAUGUGCCUCUGUCAAUCGUAUAUAUGGCUUCUAUGAUGAGUGCAAGAGGAGGUUCAAUGUGAGGAUCUGGAAAGUUUUCACCGACUGUUUCAACUGUUUGCCUGUUGCUGCUCUAAUUGACGAGAAGAUUUUGUGCAUGCAUGGUGGGCUCUCGCCCGACCUUCAAGACUUGGACCAGAUUCGCAAUUUACAGCGUCCAACUGACGUACCUGAAACGGGCUUAUUGUGUGAUUUACUUUGGUCAGACCCUAGUAAAGAUGUGAAGGGGUGGGGGAUGAAUGAUAGAGGCGUGUCUUACACAUUUGGCCCGGAUAAAGUGGCCGAGUUUCUCGAGAAGCACGACCUUGACCUUAUCUGUCGUGCUCACCAGGUUGUUGAAGAUGGAUAUGAGUUUUUUGCUGAUAGGCAGCUGGUGACAAUAUUUUCUGCCCCGAAUUACUGUGGGGAGUUUGAUAAUGCAGGGGCCAUGAUGAGUGUGGACGAAACCUUGAUGUGCUCUUUUCAAAUUCUAAAGCCCGCUGAAAAGAAGCCCAAAUUUGGAUUCGGUAGUACAACUACUACUAAUACUAAGCCAGGGACUCCUCAACCAAAAGCAAAGACAUUUCUUGGUGCCAAAAUAGGAUGAGACCACAGUAAGUAGCUUAAGAAGGUAAAUUGUGAUAUUUGGUAAGGAACAAAGACAGGACAGCUUUGUAGUUUUUUGUGGAUCAUGCUGCUGUUUUUGGAGAUUGGCAAGACAUUAGUAAAAUCUCAACCCAGGAUAAAAAACUGGGGAAGGCUGUAAUAAUUCUUACUUAAAUGUCAACCAAAGGUUUUGUGACAUUACGUAUUGAACUGAGAAAAUCAAAAGGACUGCUGGACAUUGUGAAGCAUUCAUUUCAUAGGGGGGUCGGAUGUAAAGGUGAUCAAUGGUAAAAACAUCUUAUGUCUCAUCUACACUGAAUUUGUGAGUGCCUGUAAAGUGUUAUGAGUCAAUCUGGUUUUGAUUAAUGUUAUCGUGCGUCGCUUUUUCCCAACAAUUUUCCAGGAAACAAAAUGAAAACGUGAUUCAGUCUGGUUCGUUAACAAGUGUUUGGCCAGAGCUGGUUUGCUCCUAAAAACCCGUCCAUAGUCCAUAGAUUCAGUUCCUUAUUCUGCUUGCUUUUUUUAUAUUUGAAGUUAUUAUAUUUAUGGUGGUAUUUUGCUUGCCCAGCUGCCAAUAUUUGAAAUUUG